AUGCGUUGUCGGCGCAGAGUGGCGGCGCCAUCUUUCCAAGUGACAUGGCAAUCUGUCUGGAAUUCUCGAAAAUAUCCUCAAUAUUUUCGUGUUUUUGCAAAAACGCGAAACCAUGACAACGAGUUCAGCAAAUUUGAAGUUGCAUCCCAAGUAGCAAGCGAAGUACGUAGCAUGCCGCGAGGGCGGCACUUGUCGGCGGCAGAACAGUCAACAAUGCUGGCGAUGCAUCACAGCGGUCGGACUCAAAAAGAGAUCGCCCAAGUGACUGGUCGUGGGAAGAGCGUCAUCCGAACAUUUUUGGCCAACCCAGAGGUAUAUGGCAGCACAAAGCGACAGGGCCGUCCGCGCAAGUUGUCCCCUCAGUUGGAGCAACACAUCCUCGACAUUGGAAGGGAAAAGAGGAUGAAUGCACGGGAAAUCAUCCAGGACCUUGGCCUUCAUGGAGUUCAAGUUCGUCAAGUGCAACGACUCUUGCAGCAGGACAAGCGGCGGCAAGACGACGACCUGCACCAUCGGCGCGACAACGCCAACCACGAAUCACGACCCGACAUAGCGCGGGCAUCCAUGCUGCUCUCCAUGUCCGAUGUCGACGACGAUGCACACGAUGGAAGCAACUUGCACGAAGUGACGGAUACCCUGUGCAUGCUCGACGACAUCUGA